UCACAUUGUAUAUAAAUAGUACAUAUGCUCGUUCCAGCUCAGCAGCAGAGCACGCAUGAAGGAGAAGUGGAUCUCCUCGCUUGAAAACUACCACCUUAAAUAACCAGGGGCCCCAAAUAGCCUGUGCCAGCUCCAGAUCCACUCUUUUUCUGUCACAACCCACAUCUUCUGUAGAUCUGCUGGGUGAACUGACCCACACAGUACCAUAAUCAAUUUCCAACAAACUCCCUGCCAAAUGAGUCCUUUGAACCUUUUGAUCGCUAGUUUGAAUUUCACCCGGGCAGAGACUCUCAGUGGAGGGCUUUUUCGAUUCGUUGCCGAGCGCUCUUUAACCUUAUAUGCCGUGGAAAAUGUGGCUCAGACUUGGUCCUGGAAUGAAUGGUGGACUAGUGUUUUACAGUGGCUCUCACGCCCCGAUGUACUCGCUGCCAUCACUGCUUGGUGGAUAACAUUUACAAUCGUUAUCACAAUCAUAAUGAGCCUUGGAUUUGGGCCUGCUGGAGUUGUUGCAGGGUCAUUGGCAGCUGGAUUUCAGUCCUUUAUGUAUAGUGGAUUUACUCCUGCAGGAGGCAUUUUUGCUACAUUGACAAGCAUGGCCAUGUUAGGCACAUUAAUGUUUCCUGCCGCCCUUGUUGCUUUCAUUCUUGCAACUGGGGUAUCAGCUCUCGUCUGGAGCCUUGGGGUAGGAAAAUAGAAGCUCAAACUGGUGUACAAUGCAUAUUUCUAUCACAUAGCCUCUCUGUUGAAAAUCACUUUCUUUUAGGGUUCCUUGACUCUUUUCUUAUUAAUUCGAGGAUGCGAGCCCGUCUUAGAGCUCUCAGUUCCCAACGCUCCUGGGAGUCCUACAAGACCUCGUGGAACUAUCUCCACCGAGGUAGGGAAUGUGUCUCUUGAUUCCAUGGUUUUGCUGUAACGCAAAAUUUCAGUGCUAUCCCCUGG